CAGUGAACAAAAAGAAGCAAAGCCAGAGCCUUAUGUUGACCAUCUGAGCAGACAUGGGAUGCAGGUGGGGAGGGAUCGGUCAUCCAUCGCUGAGUUAGCUGACAGGGGCUUUUAUUUUAAUUUUUUUAAUUCAACACUACAUCAAACACUAUGGCUAAACAGUACGAUGUUCUCUUCCGACUCCUGCUUCUCGGAGAUUCUGGGGUUGGGAAAACAUGUUUGUUAUGCAGAUUCACGGACAACGAAUUUCACCCGUCUCACAUCUCCACCAUCGGAGUCGACUUCAAAAUGAAGACACUAGUAAUAGAUGGUAUCAAAGUAAGGACACAGAUAUGGGACACCGCGGGCCAGGAAAGGUACCAGACCAUCACUAAGCAGUACUACAGACGAGCACAGGGAAUCUUCCUGGUGUAUGAUAUCACGAGUGAGCGAUCCUUCCAGCACAUCAUGAAGUGGGCCAGUGACGUGGACGAGUACGCUCCUGACAAGGUCCAGAAGAUCCUCGUAGGGAACAAGUCCGAUGAGGUGGACAAAAGGCAGGUGGCCACGGAGCAAGGUGUCAAGCUGGCUCAGGCUUAUGGAAUGGACUUCUUUGAGACAAGUGCCUUCACCAACCAUAAUAUAACAGAGACUUUCACACGACUGGCUGAACAGGUGCUGGCAGCCAAUAAAAAGGACCUGGAUCUCCUCCGUAUGUCCAUUAAUGAUGAGCUUAAUCUUGCUGCUCUGGAGGAAGAGGAGGGACUCUGUGACAGCACGGCGGGCGACCAACGCAAAGGCUGCUGGUGUUAAAGUGAUAGCAUGAAUUUUAGUUGGACACAUGUCAUCGCCACACACUUUGCACGCUCUUGGAAAAAUGUGUCUUUCUUUUGUGUUAGGCUGAAACAAAGAGGCACACCUAGCUACGAUUUUGAAACCAGCUAUGUCCCUCUGUUUCACGGAGUAAUGCCAAAAAAACAACAACAACAACAACAACAAAAAAAAACGAGCCAUUUGAGAGCAGUGUCAAGAACAAAGGUGGAAACAUUUUGCCACAAAGUGCCAAGCAUGUGGUGAAUUAACCAGCGGAAGGUCCAAAUGUCAAGGUUUCCCUCAGUGGGACAGAAUGUUCAUCGUCUAAAGCACUAGUUCCUGCGCAAUUCAGUGUGUCUCUGUUGUGACCAAAUGCACCCCUGUCCACUACAAAUUCAGAAACUGACAUAAAGUUGAAAAGACUAAAUUCAAAUUAAUUAAUUAUUUCACCAUCUUUUCUUGACAGAAUUUGUACAACAGAGCGGAUGUAGAGGACUUGGAACUGAUCAGUGCUGACUUGAAAUUUUUCACAAUGUUGUGUUUUUGUUUUUGUUUUUUUUCAAAGCGCUGUCUUUGAUAUGCCUUGCAAAUCAACAAUAUGAUUGAUGACAUUUGGCCUUCCUCCACCCCUUCAGUGUUUUCCUUUAUGUGAGUAUCAGCACUCGGGCAUCCCAUAGCCUUUCUACCAUUGAAUGCAUCAGCUGCAGUGUAAGAAAUCACCACAAGAGAGUGCUACAUGCAUUACAGAAACAGCUCACACACCAGAGAGUUGCUCAGUGUUAUGUUAUACUUCUACACUUUCUUCUUCUCUUAUGUGUCUGAUUUUGGUCAUAGUUACUCUUGCACUGGCUACCUUUAAUGGAGUGAAAGGAUUCUUAAUAUAUGCAGCCAUUUUAUUAUUUUUGCUUUAAGAUUUUCUUGUUACACAGGAAGUUUUGCAGCUUGUAAUAUCUUUCAUCGAAGUGGUCACCUGUACCUGUCUGAGGCGCUAAGAGGGAGCAUAAUGAUUACAUUUCCCUGUAGCAAAACUGAAGAUGUUUCCUUUUAUAGUCUUUGUUUAUAGCAGAAAAUAUCCGAAGGCUGGAUGGUUUGACAACUGCCCACCACUGCAUUGUACAUAUCAGGUUUUUCACAGCACUGUAGAUUGAUAAAAACAUGAGGAUGUAUCAUUAAUUUCAUGUAUUACCAUUAGAGGGCUGUAUAAAAAAGAGUCCACACCGAUAUUCUACAUGGUCUGAAAUAUUCCCUCUGUGAAUAUAACAAUGUUUUGGUCAUUCUGUCCUCACUUGUUUUGUACAGAGUUCAGUGGAGAUGCCAUUUCUUUUUUCCCCUCAGAUUUAACAAGGGAUAAAGUGAGAGUUCUGCAUGCGA